AUGAGCAACUCCGCGUCUGAUUUGAGUGCUCCACUUUUGAGAGUUAGCAGACCUGUUAGUGCCUGCUCACGAUGCAGGAGCGCCAAAGUCAAAUGUGAUGGAAAACUCCCCGCUUGCACUGCGUGCGAAAAGUCCGGAAAAGCCAACGAAUGUACCGGCGGUAGUGACCAGUUUGCUCGCGGGAAGGAGAGGAGCUAUAUUGCAUGGCUAGAGUCAAAGGUGGAGAAGCUGGAGAAGGAACUUGCUACUCUGGAGAGCCGCAAAGCUCCCUCUGGGUCGAUGGGUGGUAAUGGGGCUGGUGGUGGCGACUCCCGCUUGACGCACCCGCAGCAGGAUCUUAGAAGAGAUCGACGGAUUGCAACGCCUGGGUCGCCGCUGCCGAAUGGGGCGAGAGCUAAGACGAAAAAAAGGGAGGAGGCGAAUGAGAUUGAAGAUCUGGUUGCUGAUUUGGGAUAUAUGGCUAUCAAUGCUACGACUCGAGAUUUUUAUGGAUUUGCGAGAGAUAUGACCUUUGCAAAGGUCGUGCUAAAGGCGUCAACCGCUUCGAAGGCUCUCGAGUCAAAGCCUCGGGCGAGACUUCCUCCACGUCACACCGCGACACAAUUGAUACAGCACUACUUCGACAGGAUAUUCACCACACUUCCGUGUCUGAACGAGGCUAGUUUCUUCGGCGCUGUGGACUCGGUGUAUCGCGAUGAAUCGACGUGCUCUCCCUACGAUAUUUACACGGUUUACAUGGUGCUUGCUAUCGGGACGAUGUCACUGUCAAAAAGCAGGGACUCCCCGGCAGCACAUAAUGCGGCGUGCUUUGUAAAAUCUGCGCUUGAGCAUGCGGAUGCCGUGAUUUCUCCUAGUGCUAUCACCGGUGUUCAGGCUGCCCUGCUCCUGGUGCAGUACUCUAUGCUAGAACCUGCGCAUUUUAAUAGUUGGUAUUUGAUUGGGAUUGCAUCACGGAUAAUGGUGGAUUUGGGGCUUCAUCAGGAGCCAACAAAAAGCCUGAGGAAGAAGUCGGCUGACAUGGACUUGAGAAGGAGAAUUUUCUAUUGUGUGUAUACUUUGGACAGGUCGAUCAGUAUGGCUCUGCAACGACCAUUUACAUUCUCGGACGACUCAGUAUUAGUCGACCUCCCAAAACUUGAGGACCCAAAGGUAGCAAAGCAGAUAAUAGUCCGGGGAACAUUAACGCCUAUGGCUGCCGCGAUACAUCUUUUUCGUCUCCGCAAACUGCAAUCAGAGUGGUAUCAAUUCCUGCACCUCUCGGGCUCGGAGCCCGUUCAAGAUUCAAUGGCCUACUUCCGCAGCAAAACUGCGAUCCUGAAGGAAUGGCUAGGCAAAAUUCCAGAGUCAAUAAACAACUCCACACGCGACUGGCUGUAUUUAGAAUGGUACUACCUAAAUGUCUACACCGCAGCACCGUGUCCCAAGAUUCCAAGACCUUGUGACGAAGCCAUAGUCCAAGUCUUCCAGAACUGCGUAAACUACGCGCUCAUGUUCCGCAGUAUCCUCCAAAACUCGAAUGUCCGUUUUGUAUACACGUACCACGACGCACUCCGAACAUAUUUUAUUGGGAACAACUUCCUCCACGCACUCUGGCGCUCGGAGGACACCAUUAUCACAAGCGCGAAUGUGACAUCAACCAUUGACGCCAUCAAAGCCAUCAUAUUCGUCCUCACUUCUAUGAUUGUGCGCUGGCAGGAGGUUGAAGCCCUAAGAGAUAAAUUCCGCGGGGAAUCGAGUUACAUGUUGGGGAACCUGGAGGCACGGCAGCAAACCCUAUUGGUGCCACCUAGGCCCCGGGUUACGAGGGAGGAGGCGGAGAGGGUGCUUAGGCAUCAACUGAGCAUUGAGUGGGGGGAGAUUGACAGCUUCAACCCGCAGCUGUAUAAUCCGUCGGGGCAUAUUGCCAUGGCGGAUUUUGGAAAUGUGGCGUUUUAUCGGUAUGCCUAAGUGCAUCACGUAGUUGGUGGUUUAGCGGGAGGGAAGACAAGUAGGAGAGGGAGGAACCACGAACAUCUGCAUGGCGUAGUAUUAGGGGUUAUUUAUUUCGAGUUGUUUUCUGUUUCUUUCAUGAUGCAACGAUUUUUACAGUAGUCUUUGAAAUCAUUUGAUUCUUGAUUUUACCUGGUGGGUUUUUUUGAAUAAAAUUUGUGUCCUUGAUUUCAAAAGGGGAACAAAAAGAAAUCACUAUCAUACUCGUGGCCCUAA